GAAUUAUUGCGAGAACGAUCCAAAGUUCACUGUAAACAACGCUGACCUGCAUGUUUGUAAGAGGAGCAUCAUGUCUCUGAAGUGCGGCAGGUUUUUGUUCAGACUUUAUGAACACGGUGUCACCGCUUCGAGAGGGGCUGCAGUGCUGGGACGGAGCUCUACGAGGGGGUAUUACAACACCGAGAAACCCAGGUGUACAGAUGGGACGGCCCGGGUCCGGGUGGUGGACCUCCGCAGCGACACGGUGACAAAGCCGGGGCCAGCGAUGAGGCAGGCCAUAGCGGAGGCCGAGGUCGGCGAUGACGUCAUGGCAGAAGACCCGACUGUCAAUGAGUUACAGAAGAUAGCGGCCGACAUGUUUGGUAUGGAGGCUGCGCUGUUCGUUCCCACUGGAACCAUGAGUAAUCUCAUCGCAGUGAUGGUGCACUGCAGGGAGCGGGGAGACGAGAUGAUUGUUGGUGAUCUGUCCCAUUUGCACAUCUAUGAGCAAGGAGGGAGUGCGCAGCUGGCUGGUGUCCAUGCCACCACGGUGACCACGCUCCCUGAUGGAACAUUUGACUUGGAGCAGUUAGAAUCCAAGAUCCGCCACGGUUACCCCGACCCGCACUACCCCCGCUCACGCCUCAUAUGUGUGGAGAACACACAUAACAUACAGGGAGGACGUGUGCUGCCUCUGACCUUCCUGCAGGAGGUCCGUGCUCUGGCAGAUAGAUAUGGUCUGUCCGUUCACAUGGAUGGAGCCAGAGUGAUGAACGCUGCUGUGGCCCAGGGAGUGCCUCCAUCCACCAUACUGCAGCACACACACACCGUCAGUGUUUGCCUCUCCAAGGGUUUGGGUUCCCCUGUGGGGACCAUGCUGGCGGGACCAAAAGACUUCAUAUCCCAUGCGGUCCGGUGCCGUAAAGCCCUUGGUGGAGGGAUGCGACAGGCUGGUAUUCUUGCAGCAGCUGGAAAACUGUCUCUACUCGAGAUGAUUGGACGACUCGAGGAGGAUCACUGCAAUACAAAAACCUUUGCUCAAGCAUUGAUUGACUGUGACCCUCCCCUUUUCAAUGUCGAUAUGGCUGCAGUGGAGACAAACAUCCUGCGUUUCCGCCUACAGGAGCCCACCUUUAGCCCCUCUGAGUUCUGUGAGCGCAUGGGCCAAGUUGGUGAGGGAGAGGAGGCCGUGCUUGGACAGGGCAUUAUAGUUCUCAUGUACCCUCAUUAUGGAAACUCAGUUCGUGCUGUGUGGCAUCUUGGGAUUUCCCCUGAAGAUACACAGCUGGCCAUCCAGAAAAUGCAAUUUGUGGCUUCUCAGUUCUUAAAGGAGAAGCUCCGGGCACAGUGAAUACUGAUAGCUUCCGAGAUGUCUACUGGGACUGAUAAGAAAGGUUGAGGGAAAUACACACUGGAUGAGAUCUGGAGUUUUUUUUUAUUGCACAUGUCUUUAUAUGAUAAUUUUCACCUGAAUCAGUUUUUUAUUCUCAAGAUUGUAAUACCAUUAAAUCUGUUACACCGUU